AUGAGCCCGGGCCAGCGCGCCGGCGGAGACGCGCGGAAGGACGGCGGGGCGGGCGGCGGGGGGCGCCCCGCGACGGCGGCCGUGGCCUGGGCGGUGAGCGCGUUGUGCCUGCUGCUCUCCGUGGGCUCAGCGGCCGCCUGCCUGCUGCUGGGCGCCCAGGCGGCCGCGCUGCAGGGCCGGGUGGCGGCGCUCGAGGAGGAGCGGGAGCUGCUGCGGCGACCGCCGGGCGCCCUGGCCGCCUGGGCCGAGCCGCACCUGGAGCGCCUGCUGCGCGAGAAGUUGGAGGGACUGGCCAAGCACCGGACAGUUCGAGAAGCGCCGACCGCCUGCGUCUGCCCACCAGGCCCUCCCGGACGGCGCGGCAAGGCUGGAAGAAGAGGCGACCCCGGUCCUCCCGGGCAAUCAGGACGAGAUGGCUACCCGGGGCCACUAGGUCUGGAUGGCAAGCCCGGACUUCCAGGCCCCAAAGGGGAAAAGGGUGCACCCGGAGACCUUGGCCCUCGGGGAGACCAAGGGCGAGAUGGAGCUGCUGGGCCUCCGGGGCCCCCUGGACCUCCUGGGGCCCGGGGCCCUCCUGGAGACACAGGAAAAGAUGGCCCCAGGGGAGCACAAGGCCCUGCGGGUCCCAAAGGAGAGACUGGACGGGACGGCGAGAUGGGCCUGAAGGGACCCCCAGGGCCCAAGGGUGAGCCCGGCAUUCCUGGAAAGAAGGGGGAUGACGGGACGCCAAGCCAGCCAGGGCUCCCUGGACCCCCAGGCCCCAAGGGCGAGCCAGGGAACGUGGGGCCUCGAGGAGAAAAUGGUGUGGACGGCGCCCCAGGGCCAAAGGGAGAGCCUGGCCCGCGAGGCGCCGAUGGAGUGUCAGGACUGCGGGGUCCCCAGGGCCUCAAGGGCGAGCAAGGAGACACAGUGGUGAUUGACUACGAUGGCAGGAUCCUGGAUGCCCUUAAGGGUCCUCCCGGGCCACAGGGGCCCCCAGGCCCACCUGGGAUCCCCGGAGCCAAGGGCGAGCUGGGAUUGCCUGGUGCCCCGGGAAUCGACGGAGAGAAGGGUCCCAAAGGAGCCAAAGGAGACCCGGGAGAGGCUGGGCCGACCGGACCCAAAGGGGAGGUGGGCGAGAUGGGCCUGUCGGGCCUCCCGGGCACCGAUGGUCGCAAGGGCGAAAAGGGAGAGUCGGCAUCUGACAGCCUACGGGAGAGUCUGGCCCAGAUCAUAGUGGCGCCGGGGCCCCCCGGCCCACCUGGUCCCCCAGGCCCCAUGGGCCUUCAGGGAAUCCAGGGUCCCAAGGGCUUGGAUGGAGUAAAGGGAGAGAAGGGUGUGUUGGGUGAGAGAGGCCCCAGCGGCCUGCCUGGGCCAGCUGGCCCGCCAGGCCUUAUCGGGCUGCCAGGAACCAAAGGAGAGAAGGGAAGACCUGGGGAGCCAGGACUAGAUGGGUUCCCUGGGCCCCGAGGAGAGAAAGGUGACCGGAGCGAACGUGGAGAGAAGGGGGAGCGAGGCGUCCCGGGCCGGAAAGGCGUGAAGGGCCAGAAGGGUGAGCCAGGACCACCGGGCCUGGACCAGCCAUGUCCUGUGGGCCCCGAUGGGCUGCCCGUGCCCGGCUGCUGGCAUAAGUGACCCCCGCACCCAGCUCACAACCUGUACAGAUGCGUGUGGACAUUUUUAAUUUUUGUAAAAAAACAAAAACAAAAACAAAAAACAGUAAUAUAUUGAUCUUUUUUCACGGGAUACACCCCCUGUGUCCUUAUAACAUUCAAGAGGGUACGUGGCCCAGCCCCAGAAUGAUCAGCAUUGGAAGCUGGCAGGAAAGCAGACAGUCCAAUCCAGGGGAAUGGUGUCCUCGUGGGGGGACAGCCGUGGGACUUGGCUUUCCCAGGAAGGAGACGAAGGUGAAAGCGCCUGGCUCAGGAGAGGCUGCAGAGAUGCUGGGUUGGGCCCUCGGCCACCUGAUUAGCAGAGAGACUUACCCCACCCCACCCCACCCCACCCCCGAAGCUCCAGAGCCCUGGGGCCGGCUCCAUCCAGAAAGGCCCAGAGCUUGGACAGUAAAUGCAGCUGUCCCAGCCUCUCUGGCCUCUGGACUCAGCCACAGUCAGCUGCCCACCCCUCGGGACCCCUCUGGGUCCCAGGUUCCCCUGGGCAGGACAAGAUUCCUGCCCAGCCCCCAGGGGCUCUAGCUCCCACCAAGUUCAGGAGGCCUCAGGGGUGCAGCCUGCCAUGAGAACACGUGUCCUCUGGUCUGGAGGAGAGGCCAAGCACUCUGACCACCACCUGAGGACCCAGCUGCAAAGAAGCCUCAUGCUCCCCGAGUGCAGAGGACGGUGGGGUCCCAGACGGGAGGGGCUGAUGCUUCCCAGGUAUCUCGCAGCAGCACCCAGAAGAGGGUCACGAUGAGACUUUGCCAGCCCGAGGAGACUGGCCUGCAGCUCAGAGUUUGGGCCUCACUGGCCCCAACUCGCCCACGGGAGAAGACUCUGGCCAGCCUGCCAAAACUGGUCCUUUGGAUGAGCUGUGCAGACAAAGAGGGUCUUGGGGCUGGUUCCGGGCCAGCCUGCGCAGGAGGGUCUGAGACCCAGCCACCGGUGCUCUGGAAAGAGGCUUCCCCACCUCCAACAAGAGUCCCCAGCUGCCGCCUCCAGCGCAGCGGCUUGCCCCCCUUCUCUGUAUAGAUGGAUAUCACUGCGUGUAAUAAACCCCAAUGUGUGUCUGGGUGUGCCUGUCCUUGCACACUGCCCCUAAGCACCUCUGGGUGGGGAGGGACAAGGGGGACACUCCCUGGGUCAGAGCUACCCCAGAAACCAGAGGAACAAACCAGAGGAUUGUUCAGGGUCAGGGCAAAGAGAGGGUUUGGAGUUAGAAAGACCCAAGGCCUGGCCCUGCCAUAUACCGUCUGAGCCCUGUGUCCACUCACUCAUAUCACGGAGUCCCCAUAUGCCCCCCUGAUCCGAUGACCAAUGAAUGCUGCAUGACAUAUCACCCCAGAGCUUACCUUGAAACAACAAUAUUUCUCUCUUACCAUUCUGGGGGAAAUGGGCUCAGCUGGGUGGUUGUGGGGCUCACUGGGGAAGUCAGGAUUGUGGACAGGGACAGAAGCACAGUGGGGCUCGGGUGCCUGACGGAGAUCACUGGGUAUCCAAGCAUCCUUUGGAGCCCCAGCAGAACCUCACAGAUGGAAUGUAUUCGACAGUUUGUAAUCCACUCCUCCCUCCACCCAGGUGCCUCACUGGAUCCCAUAACCAGUCCUGUGAAGGACAGGGUCUAUGUGAUCCGUGUCCCUGUUUCCAUUGUACAUAUGAGGGAACUGAGGUUCUUGAGCAGUUCGUCACCUGCCCAGGGAUGGACCGCCAAGACAGGGUGACAGGCAGACUGGGCCCAGGUUCUUGGAUGGCCUCCAGUUGGUCCUUCCAAAUUGUUUGGCAGGGCAUGGAGUCGGCUAGGCAGUGUCAAGAUGUUGGGUGAUUGGCAGUCCGAUCCUCCUGGGGGUGGCAACCACAUGUACCCUCUUCCCCCUGACCUCGGAGCUCCCUUGGCCAGACAAGUCCAUUCAUAGCCCAUUGUUGCCCCCUUGUGGCCUCGGACCGUGUAUCAUCAGGUCUGCAAAUUUCAACAAGCUUCAAAGUACAGAGCGGGUGGAGUCCUCCAAAACCUUGGGUUGGUGGGGCAAGAGACUGGAGAAGAAUGAUGUGCUCGGGGUCCCAGCUGAGACUCGGGAUUUGUUCCCAGCCUCACAGCUGAGCCUCAAGGACUGAGAGCCUCGUGUCUCUCUGCCUCAGACUCUCCCCUUCCA